AUGGAGAGAAGGGCUCGGAGCUCCUCCAGAGAGGCCCGCGGGGGAGGCGGCGGGUCCCCCCACAAGGAGAAGAGGGCGAAGGCCGAGAAGGGCGGUGGAGGGCGCGGGCGCCGGGAUGCUGGGCGCGAGCGCCGGGACCUCGGACGGACAAGGAGCCCCGGGGAGCCCUGCGCGCCCGCGGCCACCGUGGUGGACGUGGAUGAGGUCCGGGGCCCCGGCGAGGAGGGCACCGAAGUGCUGGCGCUGCUGGAUUGUGAGCGGCCCGAAGAAGGUACCAAGUCUUCUGGUUUAGGGGCCUGUGAGUGGCUUCUUGUCCUCACAUCCCUGCUCCUCAUCAUCGUGACCUUCCCUUUUUCUGUCUGGUUCUGCAUAAAGAUUGUCCAGGAGUACGAGAGAGUAAUUCUGUUCCGACUGGGGCAUCUCCUUCCUGGAAGAGCCAAAGGCCCUGGCCUUUUCUUCUUUUUGCCCUGCCUGGAUACCUACCACAAGGUGGACCUUCGUCUCCAAACCUUGGAGAUACCCUUUCAUGAGGUUGUGACCAAAGACAUGUUUAUAAUGGAGAUCGAUGCCAUCUGCUACUACCGAAUAGAAAAUGCGUCUCUUCUCCUAAGCAGUCUUGCCCGUGUGUCCAAAGCUCUUCAGUCCCUCGUGCAAAACACCAUGAAGCGUCUGCUAGCACAUCGAUCCCUCACUGAAAUUCUUCUAGACAGGAAAAGCAUCGCCCAAGAUGCAAAGGUCGCCUUGGAUUCAGUGACCUGUACUUGGGGAAUCAAAGUGGAGAGGACAGAAAUUAAGGACGUGAGGCUGCCGGCCGGGCUCCAGCACUCCCUGGCUGUGGAAGCCGAAGCGCAGAGACAGGCCCGAGUUCGGAUGAUCGCUGCAGAAGGGGAGAAGGCCACCUCCGAGUCCCUGAGGAUGGCCGCUGAGAUUCUGUCAGGCACCCCAGCUGCUGUUCAGCUUCGAUACCUCCACACUCUUCAGUCCUUGUCCACAGAGAAACCUUCCACCGUGGUUCUGCCUUUGCCAUUUGACAUGCUAAGUCUCCUAUCUUCUCCCAGCAACAGAACUCAAGGAAGCAUCCCCCUCCCAAAUCCUUCCAAACCUGUUGAACCACUGAAUCCUAAAAAGAAAGAUUCCCCCAUGCUAUAA